CCACCCUGUCCGCUCUCCCCACCCUCCCUUCCUCUCCGCCUUCCUCCUUCUCUCUGCAGGCCACAUAGGACUCCUCUCAGUCCUUAAGCUGAGCUCAGGCUUGGCUAUUAAACACUUCCCAGCAGUGAGCAUUAUUUUUCUUUCCCUGGCUGUCAAAAGGGUUGCACUGACGGACAAGACAGACAGAGGAAAGCUAGAAAGAGGAAGGGAUGGGGGAACAAAGAUUUCCCAGGAACAUCCCACACCUGCACAACAGAGAGGAAAAGUCUUCAGAGACCAAUGUAGUGACAGAGAAGUCCGCGAGUCCAUCUGUGGCACAGCUUGCUGGAAAAUUCCAAGACCAAUCAUCAGUCUCUGGAAAGGAGAUACCAGUUGCUAAACCAACCCGUAGAAAACCGCCAUGUUCCCUUCCUCUCCACACACACAAAACAGAGCCUGGCCAAAAUGGUGAGCUAAAGCCAUCUCCAAAUGCUCCUCAGCCUUUGAAGAUAAAGGUCAAAAGUUCUCCCAUGAUUGAAAAACUUCAGGCCAAUCUUGCAUUUGCUCCAGCUUCUCUACUGCCAGGGGCCAGUCCCAAAAGCCCAGGCCUAAAAGCAAUGGUUUCUCCUUUUAGUAGCCCACCGUCCACUCCGGUCACCCCACAGUCCCAUUCAAGUGAAUCCGAUGAAACACCCGUAAGCUUUGAUCAGCCGCCAGAGGGCAGUCAUCUACAAUUUUAUAACAAGGUACGGACACGAGGAUCAAUCAAACGUAGACCACCCUCCAGAAGAUUUCGAAAGUCGCAGUCAGAAUACGGAGAUGAGCUAGAUUCAGGAGUGGCAGCUUCACAUCAAGAAAAUGGUGCCAAGGAGAAUAAUGAGGAGGAGAGUGUGUUUGAUGACAAGAGCAAGGCUACAAAACCAUCGUCUCCCAUGGCAGAUGGCACAGACGACCAUGAGAAGCAAAGCCAGGUAGUAUCCGAUAAAACCUCCCCCUCAAAUCUGUCCAAUAGACCAGAGCACAGAGAGGAAGGAGGAGGAACUGAAGCAAUGACAUUACGCAAGGACACCAAAGAAGAGAAGCCACACCCGAACCUUCCAGAGAAAAAACAAGUUGAGGAAAUCAAAGUGGACAAAGAGAAGCCUCCAGCUUUGGACACUGCAGAGAACACAAAGAGAAGGUCGCAGCAGAAGGUUUUGGGGGAUAGGGAAGAUGGCGACACUUCUCACCAGGAAAAUAAAAGAGAUGAGAAAGAUAAAUUAUGUGGGAAAGAAGAUGCACAGCAAGUGUCAGAGACACAAGAAACUGGGACUCCAUUGCCAGAAGGAAACACAGAAACUCCUACAAGCUCCAGAGUGUGAUACCAAGCCAGUGUAGUUACUGCAUAGACAUGGGAAAUGAAGGAUAGUGUUGAAUGUCCAAUAUACAGUGCUUGCUUCUGAAUGAACUAAAAUUUCUCCUUAACUGAAAAUCCCAAGAAUAUCAAUGUUGUCUUUUUCCUUUGGCAAUUCUGAAGCUUCUCUUGCAGCAAAUAUGACCAUCUUUAACAGAAGAUAGCCUUCUGUGUACCAAGCUAUCUAAGCUUCUGAAAUAUUAAGGUGGUGACACACCAACAAGAAUGACACAGAAAAUAAUUCCAUGUUGACUUUAGGAACUCAGUUGUUCCUAGGAUUUUUCAGCAUUUUUCGAUAGAAACUAGUUAUAAUACGUAUUAGUUACAUUUUUUUAAAUUAAAGUUGACAUUUCCAAACCUCUUGUGGCCUAUUGGCUGUAACUGUGCUGUAUGCAUAUCAAUUACACAGGCUCCCACAGAACCACACAAAAAAACAAGCCCUUCUAGUUUAGUCACUGAUGAUGGAAAAUUCCAAUUUGCUAAAAUAACAGAAACAAUCUUGCCCUUCAACUCUAUUGGGUUUCCUCCUCACCACAGAGGGACCUUGUGGCUGUUUUCAAAGUAGUAGGCUACAAUGAUUUUGAGUCUUGCAUGGUAUUUAUGUGAUUGCUUGAUUGUAGAUCAUAUGGAGUAAAAAGUUAAGGAUAGAGAUUUGUAACAUGAAUGAACCUUCUGGCCAGCAAGGUUUUACCAUUUGGUUUCUUUACAAAUGUGACUAGAACAAUGGUUAUUUUAAACUUCA